GUUCAGUUUCAGAGGAAAAGUAGAAGAAGAAGAAGAAAAUACGAUGAAUGUCCCUGAUCGCUACGAGCGCUUCGUCGUCCCCGAGGGCGCCAAGAAGGUUUCAUACGAGAGAGACACGAAGAUCAUGAAUGCGGCGACCUUUAUAUUAGAGAGAGAGGAUCAUACUAUCGGACAUAUCCUCCGGAUGCAACUUCACAGAGACGAUAAUGUGUUGUUUGCUGGCUACCAGCUUCCUCAUCCUCUCAAGUACAGAAUACUUGUUCGGAUACAAACGGCUAGCCAGUCUUCACCGAUGCAGGCAUAUAAUCAGGCUAUCAAUGAUUUGGACAAGGAGCUUGACGUUUUGAAAUAUGAGCUUGAGGGUGAGAUUUCAAGGUUCUCGAGGAACUAUUAGUUUGCUUUCCAAGAAAACCAAGGGAAAGUUCGAAAUGAUCAAUAAUCUCGAGUUGGAAAUGGAAUGCCAAUAAUAAAAUUUACGGCCACUUUUUAGUUUGGCUCCCGUUGGUUUUGGUGGGAGUUGAUUGUAUUCUUUUUUUCUUUUAAAUGUUCAAAUUUUCAUUUAAAAUAGAGAGAGAAAAAGGCAUUUUAGGUAGUAUUUGAUUUGAAAUAAAAUUGAACUUCGUUUCAAUUAUACCUCUAAUUUUCAUUGAUACUAUUGUCGUUUCAAAAAUUUUGAAAAAUACCUUUAUUGUUAGGGUGUGUUUGAAAUACAUUUUGAAAUUCUUGACAACCAUUUAAAAUAAUAUUUGGAGUGUAUUUUAAACUGUUUUGAUAAAAAAUGUUUAAAUUAAAAUGAGUUUUUUGAAAAACGUUUUUUUUAAGUCAAUCUAAACGGGUCCUUAGUAGGACAUAAACGUUUUUCUUCCAAUCUCUGCAAAUUCUUCCAACAUGAAAAUUAAAUUAGAGGAAUCUUCACCACCAAGAGACAACACAGAAUGGAAGAGAAACGAAGCCCAAAAAAGCACUGCAAAUUGAUGAUAUAGAAGCUAUCUUCACCACCAUGAUUGCACCUAAUGGAAGAGAGCACAAGAUAAGGGGCUUUCAUUCAACGCCAUGCAAAUAGCUCAAGUUGUUGAUAAUGCAUGAAAGACAGAAGAAACGGUAGAGAAAGGCAACCGCCAUUUGCUAAUUGCCAUAGAUGCCAAGGAAAUUUUCUAGUACUGCGGGUACUAUGUUCCCUUCGCUUGAGCUCUCAACUUCUACGGACUAUCAAUUCAAUGUGUCUAACACUUUUUUUGAAUUUAUGUUCAUAAAUAUUGGGUGAUUUCAAUCUUAUUUUAAAUAUUGGUGGAUCCUACGUUAAUUUUAAUAUCAGU